UGGACGUCAGGACGCAGCAAAUCGAGCUGUGAAGCUGCGUGGAGGAGAGAGAGACAGCAUGCCACACUGGCUGACUGUAUCUCUCCCACCGACACGAAACAUCGUUGCUUUAUUAGGACGAAGCGGCUCUGGAUUCCGCCUCCGGUCGGAGGACCACAACAAAGGACUGCACAAAGAAAAGGAAGAUCCGCUUAUGUAUAUUGUAUAUUUUAUUUUGAAGCAUGUGUGCACAUAGCGGUGUUAAGCUGCUCGGCUUCAUAUUUUCACAAAUGGACAGAUCUAGUAAAAGCAAGAGGAUGUUAUUGUGUUUCUCUCGGAAGAUGGACGAGACAUAUUGGGGCUAACCGAAUAGUGACGUUCCAGGUUACGGAGGGAGAUGCUUCGGAACUGCCUUUGGCUGUUUGAGAUGAUAAACGCGUCCCAUGGAAUCCAAUCUCUGCUGUAAAACGCAAACCGCCCGCAACCAGAAGCAUCGCCGAGCACCGCACCUUCAAGUCCUCGUUGGUCCUUUCGCGAGGUCCCGAGUGACGCUGUCCGUGGUCCUGAACGGAGCACGCCGCUGACCCCCACCUGCACACCCGAGCGAUAUUUAAUGAAAAAGACCUCGGUAGCUGGCCAAAGACACACAUGAACACUUGGGACUCGGCGGCCACACGCAAGUCACUUUCAUGGCUGUGGCACGCAAAAUCAAAACUUUACUGACCGUCAACAUCCUUGUGUUUGUGGGAAUCAUCCUGUUCUCGGUUUACUGCAGGAUCCAGGACCGAUCCGAGGAGUUCGUCCAAAUUGGACGGGCUUCUGAUCAGAGGUUGCGCGCCAGACAUGGUAAAGUUACCAACUUGGUGGACAGGCAAUCUAUUCUCCAGCGGCUGGAGAGGCUGGAGGAUGUCGUCUACAAUCAACUAAACGGUUUAGCAAAACCCAUAGGGUUGGUGGAGGGUCCCGGAGGACUCGGUCAGGGGGGAGCUGCCGCUUCACUUGGGGAAGACAGCCGUGAUGUGGAGGGGAAGUAUGAAGAGUAUGGCUACAAUGCUCAGCUCAGUGACAGGAUCUCCCUGGACAGGACGAUCCCAGACUACAGGCCUAAAAAGUGCAAGCAGCUGACUUAUCCAGAGGACCUUCCUCAGAUCUCUGUGGUGUUUAUCUUUGUGAACGAGGCUCUGUCAGUCAUACUACGUUCCGUUCACAGUGUGGUCAACCACACGCCAGCUCACCUACUCAAGGAAAUCAUCUUAGUGGAUGACAACAGCGACAGCGUGGAGCUGAAAUUCAACUUGGAUCAGUAUGUGAACAAACGUUACCCUGGCCUGGUCAAGAUAGUGAGGAACAACAAACGGGAGGGUCUGAUCCGAGCCAGAAUACACGGCUGGAACGCAGCCACGGCUCCUGUUGUUGGCUUCUUUGAUGCCCACGUCGAGUUCAACAUUGGCUGGGCUGAACCUAUUUUAACCCGAAUGAAAGAGGAUCACACUCGGAUCAUUCUGCCCGCUAUAGACAACAUUAAAUACAACACCUUUGAGGUGCAGCAGUAUGCCAAUGCCGCUCACGGCUACAACUGGGGGUUGUGGUGUAUGUACAUCAUCCCUCCACAGGAGUGGCUGGACAAGGGCGAUGAGACGGCCCCUAUCAGAACCCCAGCAAUGAUUGGCUGCUCCUUUGUGGUAAAUCGUGAAUACUUUGGAGAGAUCGGACUGCUAGAUCCUGGCAUGGAGGUCUAUGGAGGAGAAAAUAUCGAGCUUGGCAUGAGGGUGUGGCAAUGCGGUGGCAGUAUGGAAGUCCUGCCGUGUGCAAGAGUGGCCCACAUCGAGCGCAGCAAAAAGCCCUAUAACAACGACAUUGAUUACUAUGCCAAACGCAAUGCGCUGCGAGCAGCUGAGGUGUGGAUGGACGAAUACAAAUCUCACGUCUACAUGGCUUGGAACAUCCCCAUGAAUAACCCAGGGGUUGAUUUUGGAGACGUCUCUGAGCGUUUGGCCUUGAGGAAAAGGCUGCAAUGUCGAAGUUUUCGCUGGUACCUUGAACACGUCUACCCUGAGAUGCGGAUCUACAACAACACCAUCACAUAUGGCGAGGUAAGGAACAGCAAAGCAAGUGGCUACUGUCUGGACCAAGGCUCUGAGGACGAUGACAAAGCAAUCCUCUAUCCUUGCCAUGGCAUGUCCUCACAGCUUGCUCGCUACUCAACUGAUGGCGUUCUACAGCUCGGACCCCUGGGGUCGACCACCUUCUUGCCUGACACAAAAUGUCUUGUUGAUGACGGCAGAGGACGCAUUGCAAGUUUGAAAAAAUGUGAGGCCGUUGCCAGGAUUUCCCAGCGGCUUUGGGAUUUCACACAGAACGGUCCAAUCAUCAGCAGGGACACAGGUCGUUGCUUAGAAGUGGAAAUGUCUAAAGAUGCCAACUUUGGCCUUCGUCUAGUGGUGCAGAGAUGCUCAGGUCAGAAGUGGAUCAUACGAAACUGGAUUAAGCAUCCCAGACACUGAAGCCAUGAGGAAAACCUCUGAGACUUUUUGGGGGUUAUUUUUCAAGAUCACAGUCAGGAAUCGGAAGAUGUGACACCACUACGCUGUUGGGCUUCCCUCAAGCCACAGAGCUUUCCAUCUCCUAGACUUCUCUGACUACACUUAUAAGAAAGUUCUCAUUUCUGACCUGUAUAAAGAGGUGUACAGUGACACACGGGUGCGACCCGAAAUUAUUUUAUUCCUAUUGUAAAAAGCUAUCCGUUUCAUCGUGUGUGUUGUUUUGAUGAGAGCAUCUGAGCCAUUCAAAUAUUAUCAGAGUUGUAAAUUGUAAUUUAUCACAUUAAAUGAUUAUUUGGAGUUUCUGAAAAUGAUAUCAACCAGAUUGCGCCAGCCUGUUUACUAUAUAGUAAUAGGCUUUAAAGGAGAUUGUUAUUUUCUCAAUAGAGGACAGUAUUUUCAUCUGCAGUGGCACAAACUACAACAAUACCUUGUUUUGUUUUAAUAGUAUUGCUCACUGUGGGGAAGUGCAAUUGUGCCUUUUUUAAUCAUUUUUUGCUUCAACUGACCAGGGAAUGUGAGUACCUAAAGCAUGUAAACACUAUUUGGAAGUUAAUAAUG